AUGACUUCCGAGGACCCGAACGCCUCGUGGCAUCCAGCUUUCAUGCCUAAUGAUGCUAGUGGGCGUGCAAGCACGGAAGCUCGACUUUCUUCAAGCGCAGAAACCGACGAUUUACCAUCGGCGGCUCCCCUUCACAGCCAGCUCGCUGAAGAUCUCGAGCCUGCACCCCCACCACAAGUGUCACAGCUGGGAAAUCAGCCCGAGAAACAGAGUAGUCCCUGGCUCGUCGAGGACGACGACCAAGAUGCUUCCAAUGAUUGGCCCGUUUUCGAAAGACCAGUGUCAGAUGCCUUGGCCGCUAGCGACGACGACCCAAAGGAAGCUUCAAAUUCGGCUGUAGCUGCUGAAUCAGAACCGAACUUGCCUCCCUCUGCCGAACCGACAGACGAGGUCACUCCGCAGCCGCAAACUGUGACCGAAGAACCCAGACCAUCCGCACCUACGUUGGGUCAUACCAGCACCAACUCAUUCACUCGGACUGUCUCCCACGAGGUUAACUGGGAUGAUGACCAUGACACCGAAUGGACGCUAUCCCGGACCGAUACCGACCCGUUCAAGUUUAUGCCACCGAACGACAGGACGAACUCAUUCCCACCCGUCCCGCCUGCCAGCGGAGCAUCCAUAACCGUCCCUGGCACGGAGCAGCCUCUUCCGUCAAACCAAGCCGAGGACUUGAUUCACGAAAUAGAGAGCGCACCUGAACAUUUCGACAAUGGCGCUUUCGAGGAGACGAAUCAUGUCGCAGCCGACUUUGUAAACGGCUUUGACAACGAGGAACCGCAGGACGACCAGCACUACGUAGGCCGUGAUGCUACAUUUACUGGGCAGGAGGAUCUCGGUUCGCGUUAUGAAGAGGGAAUACCUCUCAUUCCCCAUUCCGAGUCCAAUGGAGAAGCAUCGCAGCCAGACCAGAAACUUGCUAGCUUUGGGGACGAAGAAGCAGGCGAGGAUGACUUCUUCAGCCAGAUCCACAGCUCCAACAACGACGACUUUCCCGACUUUGAUGGGAACCAUCCACUGGAGCGCAAAUCCACAAUGCAAGUCUUGGGCGCCAUGAACGCAUCGACACUGUCUAGAGCUGAUACGCUGGACGAAAUGCUUGAAGAGGACGAAGACGUUAAUGAGGCUAUGAAGUCGACGGAGGUGUCCGAUGGCCUUGAGGGGCCUGCGCAGCCUACCCAGUCCGAAGAUACUGGAGCAAAACCGGCUGACGAUCUUGCUGCUAAGUGGGAACAAGCUUUUGCGGACGAUGACGGAGAAGACUUCUUGCUGGACGAGUCGCUCGACGAGGCCGGCGAAUCCAAGCCAGUCGAUCCAUCAGCAUUUUUCGGUAGCGAUGAUGAGGGCUUCCUCGACGACGACGACGACGACGCCGACGACCUGCCUACGGCUGCGGCCCCGACUCUCAGCAAUGUUCAGCCUUCCGGACAACAGAACCGAUAUACUCCUGCCGUUGCUUCCCAUCAAGCUGCUCGCUCUUCUUACACUCCGAGUGCGCCGGCAGGGCCGUCGCCCUAUCAGCCUCAGAAUGCAGCCACGCCGUUUGCGCCAGCGGUAGCCCCUUAUGCUACCCAGCGUACGCAGUCAGCCGCGCCUUACAAUUUGCAGCAGACGCGUCCCGAGCCUGUCAAAGCCCAGAGUUUUGCAGCGCAGUCCAAAGGCGGUUAUACAUCUCCGUACGAUCUCCCCAUGGAAGUUGUUGUCCCGAAAAAGAGGACCAGCACACAACAACUCCCGCAAAGCCCAGUGACGGGGCCGUCGUUGGGUCCUCCUCCGCGUAGCUCUAGCAUGCAAGCUCACACGCCGCCGCCACCACCCAGAGCUGCUACCUCUAGCUCCUCACCCCCGACGUCGAGUCAUUCUGGGCAGCCUCUGCCAGCAGGGAAACCUGUACCUCUGCUUCGAAAUAAGGACAGUUUCUUCGAGGAGCUGCCUAUGGCUUCCAAGCCCCGAUCAGCUUCUCGACAGAGCCACCGAGUUGCUUCGCCAGCUUUGGCUGGGCCUCCUGAACCUCUUCAACCGCAAACUCAUUCUCAGCUUGCUCCUUCACCACUGUCGCCGCCAAUGUUGUCGCCUCCAGGUUUGAGCCACUCGCUCUCUGGAGGCAUUCCACCUUUGGUGCCUGGUGAGCGUGUCAACCCCUAUGCAUCUCAGACGGCGCAACAGCAGGUCCCUGGUAUUCCAGGCAAUGCGAGGUACUCUCCCGCUCCGUCGGUACCGAGUACUAAUGGAACCAAUCGCCCGCCAUCCGUGAGCAGAUAUUCACCCGCGCCGGGGGCCGCAAGGCCUCCCGUGCCCGCUUUCCAUGCAGCUACCACGCCUCCCACUGUUCUGCCACACUUACCUAGAACGUCUAGUCCGUUGGCCCAUUUUGAGGUCUCGCGUGAAGCGGCCGCAACCAAUGGAGACCACCCUCAGCUUGACCGUAGGUCGAGCUACGGCAUCGAGCCAAGAAGAGUUCCAUCACUUCCUACUACUCGUGAGGUCGAGGAGGAGGACGAUUCGAAAACUUCAUAUGCAGCUCAGCCUACAAACGGUGCACCCGCUGAGUCUCGCUACAGCCCGGCACCGCCGAUGGUUGCGAGGCAGACCCCGCCGCCGUCAUCCCACGGCCCCCCUGUGCACUCGACUUUGUCACCUUCGAAGAGGUCCACGUCCAAUUACAUGCCACAAGCCCCCCUUCAUGAUUCACCCCCCGAUAACAGGUAUGCACCGCCACCGAGAUCCCAAACCCAGUCGCCAGGAUCCUCUCAAGGAGCACGCCCACAGUCUCAACCCGUGCCUCGGCCGACUUCGGUCCACAGCCCGACAUCCCCUCGAGCAACUAGGAGUUUCCAACCGGUCAACGCCCCUGUCUCUCGGCCCAGGGGACCCUCUCAAACCUUCAACAUGGUUGCGCCAACUGAUGGUCGCGAAAAUGAUCCUCUGCAAAGAUGGAAAGGUGCACCGAUUAUCUCAUGGGGUGUUGGCGGAACGAUGAUAACCUCUUUCCCCAAGAAUGUACCGCGUUACGGUAUAGGUCAAACCGCCCCCAUGAUCAUUCGCAGCCCAGGCGAAGUAUACGUCAAACAUAUCAAAGACACCCAACCACUCGAAGAGAGACUGGCAAAGUUCCCUGGGCCUCUGCGUGGGAAAUCAAAGAAGAAGGAAACGAUCGCCUGGUUGAGCUCAGGCAUAGACACCCUGGAAAAGGAAGUACCCGAAGUUUCUUUCCAACCUCGAGUUUCCCACGAGCACAAGCGUGCGAUUGAGCGAUUGCUGCUCUGGAAAAUUUUGAGGGUUUUUGUCGAGCACGAUGGUGUCCUGGAAGGCACUGCCGCCGUAGACAAAGCUGUGCGAGAUAUAUUGGCCCCAGGCCUGGACGCCAACACCAACGAGGGCGCCGUUGGCUAUGGUGCCGGUAUCGGCGCUGACGCUCUUCAAGAAUCGUCUUCAACUCAGGUGAGGGCGGAUGUGGUGGAUUCAUCUACAAUGGAUCAAAUCCGGAAGUAUCUCCUAGUUGGCGAUCGCGAAAAGGCGGUGUGGGAAGCAGCUGACAAACGGCUUUGGGGCCAUGCCAUGUUGAUUUCCAAUACCGUUUCCCCAGAUCUCUACAAACAAGUCGCCCAGGAAUUCGUCAGGAAAGAAGUCAAUUACCCAGGACACGCCAAUGAGUCUAUUGCCGCGCUUUACAAGGUUCUCUCGGGUAACUUUGACGACUGCGUUGACGAACUGGUUCCGGCCCACGCUCGGGCCGGUUUCCAGCUUGUCAAUACAACAUCUGCCAGUGGUUCGACUAGGGAUGCCACUGAAGGACUCGAUAAAUGGCGGGAGACUUUGGGACUAGUCUUGAGCAACCGCAGUACUGACGACGUCCGGGCCUUGAACGCACUCGGUAACUUGUUGUCCUCGUAUGGACGAGCUGAAGCCGCACACAUAUGCUUCCUGUUCGCUAGGAAAGCUACUGUUUUCGGGGGCCUUGAUGACCCUGCCUCGAACUUCGUCCUUGUUGGCGCAGAUCACAAGACCCAAGGAGAGCAGUUUGCUAAGGAGACCGAGGCUCUGCUAUUGAGUGAGGUCUACGAGUACGGCCUGUCGCUUGCAGGAGGCCCAUCCCUGACCGUCGGUGUGCCGCACUUGGCAGCGUACAAGCUCCAGCAUGCUAUGACUCUGGCUGAGUAUGGGCUUCGCGACAAGGCUUUGCAAUAUUGCGAGGCGAUUGCCAGCUCCAUCAAUGCUCAGACCAAGAGAUCGAACUAUCACCACCCAAUCCUGGAGACGGCUGUAGAGAACUUGCGAACGAGGCUCAGGCAGGCUCCCAAGGAAGAAUCAUCGUCCUGGAUUUCCAAGCCUAGCAUGAACAGAGUUUCGGAUACAGUCUGGAGCCGGUUUAAUAAGUUUGUUGCUGGCGACGAGAACGACGGCUCUGCUGCUGGCGCAUCCGGUGAGGGUGGUGCCGAAUCUGGACCGUUCGCUCGGCUGGCGGGAGGCACUCCUACCAUUAGUAGAUCGCCUUCUGUGUCAAACUUCGAGCCUAUGUACGGAACUGGUGCUUCCAGCCUCCCAGUCGGGACUCCUCCUGCUGCGGUUCCCAUCCCUGCUACGAGAGCCGCCUCUCGAUACGCGCCAGGCCCGUCUCAAACACUUGCUCUGUCAAGCUCCUACGAAGCCGGCUCUGGCUACACACCCGGCCCAGCUUCAGUCGGGCGCUCGUCAAACGAAUACUCCCGCAGUCCCUAUGAGCCACGAACGUCGAUGGACUCCCAACCUGGGUAUACAAAUAGCGGAUACAUGCCUCAAAACUCGACAGGGCCAUCUCAAGCUUACACUCCACCUACGUAUGGUGGUGGCCAAGACACGGCUGCUUCUGCACAGAUAUUGCCAAGAGCCGUUCAAGCCUCUCCUAUGCAAUCGCCGACCAAGCCCACGUACCAGGGCUACGAGCCAUAUGACAGUCAAGCUCCCGCCGUUCCGUCUGUCGAACUUCAAACCCAGGACACUGUGGAAAACAAUCAGAAACCAGACAACAAUCUGGCCAGUCCAGGCUACCAGCCACCUUCUUAUGGAUACGAACCUCCAUCGAUGUCCAACGUCGAGCCUCAAUCACAACCUGCAGAGCCUGCUGGGGAUGGUGGAUACGAUCCCCCUUCGUUCCAGCCGUAUGGCUAUGAACCCCCUUCGUACAAUCCCGAGCCUGAGCAGGACGAUGAAGGGGAGCGCGGGCCGAAGCCCAAGAGUUUCAUGGAUGAUGACGAUGACGAUGAUAUUCCCGCCCUCAAGGCGCUUAAGCCUCAAGAGAAGGGAAAGUCAGAGAAGGACAAGGAGAACGAAGAAAUGUUCAAGAAGGCGGCAGAGGAAGACGCCAAGCGAGCGGCAGCACAGCAACAGUCCAAGAAGGGAUGGGGUUUCGGCAGCUGGUUUGGGGGCAAAAAAGAAGCUAGCCCGGAUCCUCAGCAGGGUAAUAAACCCGUCAAGGCCAAUCUCGGUGAAUCCAGCAGCUUCGUGUACGACCCUGAUCUGAAGCGCUGGGUGAACAAGAAGGGAGGGGCAGAAGCGACACAAGCGAAGACGGCAACACCGCCGCCGCCAAAGGGCGCUUCGAGAUCCAACACGGGAACGCCACCUCCGCCGCGCACCAUGACACCCCCCAAGGGUCGCGCGAGCGCUCCUCCCGGAGGACCGCCUGGUCCGGCACUCGCCCACGCUACGUCUACCGAAAGCCUUGGAGUGCCACCAGGUCCGCGACCUCCGAGCAUGAUGCGGUCAGUAUCGAAUACCAGUGCUGGAGGGCCUCCAAGCGCUCCUCCAAGCCGACCGGCAACGAGCAUGAGCAAUGCCAGUAGCAUCGACGACUUGAUCAGCGCGGCAGGUCCCCGAAAGCCGGGUGCGAAGAGGGCAAAGAAGGGCGGUCGGUACGUGGACGUUAUGGCCAAGUAA